CGCGCCGGAGCCAGGGCGCAGUUCGCCAACAGAGAGAGAAAGAAAUGGAUAGAUAGGAGUGAAAGCGCACCAACGGGAUCUUUUUCCUACCUUUUUCUAGCUUCCCCAAGCUGGUAACACACGGCUGGUACUACAUCGUGCAGGAGUGCGGCGCCGGCAGUGUUCGUCAUCGUGGUAGUGCAAGAAGAGGCCCCAAGGCGGUUUGGCGGAGGGUCUAGUCAAGCAUUAAGUGCUACUCAAGAAUCUGUGAUUAUUAAUUACACUUCCUUCCCCCACGCUGAUUGUGAUAUAUUCUUCGCUCAUUGAUACCCCCAACAAACCGUCAAGAUGGUGCAAGGAGACGUGACAAGUGUGUUAAGGGACACCACCAACCUGGAGCAGGUGCGAGAAGAGGCCAAGGAAAGGCGUAAGAGGAGGAAGAAGAAGCGUUCGGGGUCCACGCUAGUUGCCAGUGUUUUCAGUGAUCUGUACAAACUUACCGGUGAGGUGUUGGGUCAAGGUGCAUAUGCUUCAGUGCAGACCUGUAUCAACAUCUAUACAGACAUAGAGUAUGCCGUAAAGAUCAUAGAAAAGGUACCAUCACACAGCCGAACGCGGGUGUUCAAGGAGGUUGAGAUGUUCCACCACUGCCAGGGACACAAGAACAUCAUCCAGCUGGUAGAGUUCUUCGAGGAGGAUGACAAGUUCUACCUGGUGUUUGAGAAGAUCUACGGAGGGCCGCUGCUGUCCCACAUCCAGCGACGCACCCACUUCACUGAGGCUGAGGCAUCCAUGGUCAUCCGGGACCUUGCCUCUGCCCUGUCUUACCUUCACAGCAAGGGUAUUGCUCACAGGGACCUCAAGCCGGAGAACAUCCUUUGUGUCUAUCCUGACCAGCUCUGCCCCGUCAAGAUCUGCGAUUUUGAUCUCGGCUCUGGGAUCAAGUUCAACUCAAAUCUGAGCUCGCCUUUGGUGACACCACAACUGCUGACACCAGUGGGCUCUGCUGAGUUCAUGGCACCAGAAGUGGUGGAGGGCUUUAUCAAUGAUGAUGCUGGACCAUAUGACAAGCGGUGCGACCUGUGGUCUCUUGGAGUGGUGACCUACAUCCUGCUUUGUGGCUAUCCUCCCUUCUGUGGCAACUGUGGGGAAGACUGCGGAUGGGAGAGAGGAGAGGCCUGUCCCCAGUGUCAGGACCUUCUCUUCACCAACAUCCAGGAUGGCAGCUAUGAGUUCCCCAAGCCUGAGUGGUCCUUGAUCAGUGAGGAAGCUAAAGACCUGAUCCGCAAGCUGCUGGUGAAGGAUGCUUCCCAGAGACUGUCUGCUGAGAUGGUCCUGGCUCACCCUUGGAUCAGGAAUGGUGGCCCAACCACCCGCUUGGAGACACCCAGCAUUAUCAGAAAGAACCACAGUGCGCACCAGCUGUCUCUGUUCGCCGAAUCCUGCAUGGCGCUGAACAGAGUCCUGCUGCAGCACUUCAGCAUGAACCAGGAUGAGGAGUUGGAGAACAUGCAAGGUGACGAGCCUCCGUUUGGCUUGUCGCCUCCAUCAGAAUCGCGCCUGGCCCAGCGGCGCCUGCGUUCUCUCAGCCUCAACACUGAGCACCUCCUCACUGCCACCGGUUAGCUGGCAUUCCCGCCAAUCACUCAGGGUUUGGUGCCGUGCUGUAGCUCCAGCCAGGCACGGCACCGUUUGUUUUUUUCAUUCUUGAUUAGGCUUAGGCUUCCUGUGCUUGCAUCUGCCAGCCAGAAUUCUUGAUCCACAUGGAGUCUGGAUGGCAGGGGAGGCCAGAAACCAUCACACUAAGCCUCAGGUUUUUCUAUCUUGUAAUAAUACAAUAAUAACAUAUAAUGGAGGUUUAGCCGGCUCAUUAAUGAUCAAAUAUAAGAAAAAAAUUAAAAAAAGAUUGUCUUAAGUUUAUAUUUGUAGGCACAAAAUUUUGGAAUGUAUUUUCAUAUAAUAUGCUUUCUUGAUUGAGUUCAGGACGUUAAGAUCAGUUCUUGACAUUUGCGUGCCAAUAACGAAAACAGUGUGGGCUACAACCAACAAAUUAAGUACAAAGAUUAUUAAGACCCUCUUGAAUCUGUCCUGACUGAUACUAUAAAUUAGGUUUAUGAAAUGUCCGGUGGUGUGGCUUGCUCCCCCCCGAGGGUGGUGUGUGUGGAUCGCCAGGAGUGGGCAUUGUGAUAACUCUUAUUAGUGUGUAAGUUCGAUAAAAGGACCCAAUUGUACUAUUGCUUGGAAUAAUGUUUCUCUUUGUGUGUGGUGCUUAGUAACUUAAGUUGAUAGCUGUAAACCCAGUAAGUGCCUACGCUUUCACAUGUCAUCGUGAUGACAUUUGAGUCCCAAAUUUGUUAGGUAUUUUCAAAAGAGCAUUGAUUUCAGGUGAAUGAAAUUAGGUCCAAACAAGCCAGAGGGUCAAUUCAGGGCAGUUCAGCUUCAAUCAUUUACACUUACAUAAAAUAGCUUCAGCAUAAGCUUGUUGGUUCUAGUCGCAUUAAUGAAUGCACUGAACACUCUAGUGACAGAUGGCUAGAGUGCUGCAUCAUCCAGCAUAUUGUGUGGUGAGAGUGAUGAAAUUAUUAUGAGAGGUCAUUCAGCAACAUGUCAUCAUCCUGGCCUUUGCACUGCCAACCAAGGCAGGUCAGGGGUCAGAAGUGCUGAUGACCCUUGUCUCGAUGCAGCUUCAACACCUGCUGCCGCUCAUUCCAACUUUAGGGAAGGAAUUGUUCCCGAGCCACGCCCUCUGGUGUCACCCAGUGUCAGGGAGCUUGUGCCGACCCCCAGUGGGCCGCACAGGCAUGGCACCCACGUGAGGCUGCCCUUCAAAGUGAUGUGUGUACCUGGAGUGCCAUGGCUUGUGUGCACGCUGCCCCAUCCCGUACGAUCCACACACACUGGUCCCGUAGAAUUACGUUUUGUUACUGUUUUCUAUCUUUUUAUACAUUGGAAUAGGAGGUAAAAGUAAGAGUUGAUUACUUUUUUAAAUUUGCCAAAAAAGAAAAGGGUUCCGUUUCCUGUGGGGUCAAGAAUGGAUCCCUUCCAAACCAAAAUUUUUUUUUUUUUUUUUUUUUUUUUUUUUUUUUUUUUCCCUAGCUCCUUACCUUGUAUUUUAAAGGUAUUCCUAGACUACCUUUCUCCAUGUAAGGUAAAGACUAGUUUUGAAGACCCAUUAUUUUGGGGUGUAUUUUGGGUAGCCGAGGUUGGCCUUGCCCCAGCCAAGCCUCCAACCCCCAGACAGGUCAAGUGUGUACCAGGCAGUGUUGGUGAAGCUUGUGUAGUGUGGCCUGCAGUCUGCUGUUAGGGCUGCCGGCGCCACUUCUUACUUAGUUGUUACCUGGCACACGCGGCAGUGUCUGGGGCGGGGGUGGCAGCUGGGUCAUCACUGUGCCUGGCUGCCCCAAAGUCUGCCCCCCUAACAUUCCUCAUCCCGCAUUUUUUGUCAUCCGCUGCGCGGUCGGUCCACAACACUGUUACAUGUUUCCCUCAUGCUCCUUGUGUAUUGUAUCAUUGAUCUCAUUGUUUGCUAACCUGUUGUCAAGGUUGCAGAGAAUCAUCAUCCCCGUCCCCUUUUUUGUUCAUAAUUUAUUUUCAUACUUGAACCCAGUGUUUCCUUUCAUCCAGCCAUCACAAACCUAAUUUCCAAACAACACUUGUGCGUCGGCCACAUUCAGAGCACGUUGUUAGAAAUACCGUCGCCGAUUACAAUAAUGUUAAAUAAGUCGUAGUGAAAUUUUUUUGUGGCCUGAAGGUAACAUGUUCAGCAUAGCGUGUUGUUUGUUAAUUACGGAGUGGGAGUAGUUUUCAUGCGAUAGUAGCUCAAGGACCGACCACGCUGCUUCAUCUGUCAUCCUUGUCUUCCCAUUGUACCGCCCCCAAGGCAGUACGGAGGAGAGAACAACAACAGACAAGCGGCCCCCUUCUCGCCCUCAGUGACAAGAGAAGAGCCGAGCCGACCCUCAGCCAGGGUGACUCUACCUAAAGUUCUUACUCUGUUCAAAACAGCCCGCGAAAGCUAGUCUCAUCACAAAGAUCUUGCGAUAUCGAAAGAGAAAGAAGAAUAUGUAAAGUUUAUUAUCUGUGGAAAUCCAAAUGAAUUGAGAAUUUUAUAUGGUUAAGAAAGAUUAAGGGAGGCCUAUGUGUAAUAUGUGGUGUACCUGUAUUUGAGAGUUCUUAUGGUACGACUGAUCGCCGUUUUUUGGUAAAAGAAUUGUACGGCGAAAAACAAAGUCAACCUGUAUCUUGUACUGUGCCCUGCGCCCCUCCACAACAACGAUAAGAGAGGGAGCACGACCAGGGAGAAAAGUGCAAAUAAAAAGUUAUCUUUUUAA